GAGCCAUCGUACAGUCAGCAAAUAGUGUUCAGCGAGGCCAUGAAGUAAGGUAAAGGGAAAAAAAAAUAUUAAAUUUCCUACAAAUUUUUCAACAAAAACACAUACAACGAGGUACACUACCAAAAAUGCCCUCCAAAAAAUCAAUACAAGGGUCUGAGACUGUUGAGCAAGUUUCAAUUGAAGCGCCCGGCUCAUCCCCACAAUCAAAUCACAAUUCCUCAUCCGAUGACGAACAAGAUGUCCAGGAUGAUAUUUCGCAAUCCGAUUCAGAUUCAUUAGACAGUCAGGCUUCGCGGAAACGGCGAAAGACAUCCCAGGUCCUAGAAGAUGGAGAUAUUCCCUUAAUCGCUACUACUUCUGUUCCCUCCCGGGUAAAGGCAAAAUCGCAAAACAAUUUUCUCGAACCCAAAAAUCUCAGCAAUGGCGCGAUAUUGGCUCCUACGGAUGCGCAAACAACAUUUGCUGCCUUGGAUGUGAAGCCAUGGUUGGUGGCGUCAUUGGGGGCCAUGGCCAUUAAGCGGCCUACAGGUAUUCAAAAGGGCUGCAUACCGGAGAUAUUGAGGGGGAGAGACUGUAUAGGAGGUAGUCGCACGGGUUCUGGAAAAACAGUGGCAUUUGCAGUUCCAAUUCUACAAAAAUGGGCUGAAGAUCCAUUCGGGAUCUUUGCUUUAGUGCUUACACCCACGAGGUAAGACCUUGCCGUAAUGAAGGGGUAUCAUCUGGCUGACAUCACUUUCUCAGGGAAUUGGCAUUACAAAUUUACGAGCAAUUCAAAGCCAUCUCAUCCCCUCAAUCUCUCAAGGCCGUUCUGAUAACCGGAGGCUCCGAUAUGCGACCUCAAGCAACGGCCCUUGCACAGCGACCACAUGUUGUUAUCGCAACCCCUGGCAGAUUGGCAGAUCAUAUUCGAACCUCGGGCGAAGAUACAGUUUGUGCUUUACGUCGGGUGCGCAUGGUGGUUCUUGAUGAAGCGGAUCGAUUGCUUGCAUCUGGCAGUGUAGGAAGUAUGCUUCCAGAUGUUGAAGAAUGUCUUUCUCUCCUCCCGCCUCCCAGUGAGCGCCAGACCCUAUUAUUCACAGCUACAGUUACUCCGGAAGUACGAGCUUUGAAGGAUAUGCCUCGCGCACCAGGAAAGCCUCCAGUUUUUGUUUGUGAAGUGGAUACACAGGCUUUGGCAAUUCCUUCUUCCCUUAAUCAAAUGCAUCUUCAGGUACCCGUAACACAUCGAGAGCACUAUCUGCACAUGUUUCUGCUUACUGAAAAGAAUUUACCGAAAUCUAUCGUGAUUUUCUGCAAUCGAACCGCUACCGCCGACUACCUUACCCAUCUAUUACGACUUCUUGAGCAUCGAGUUACGGCUCUUCAUUCUAAGCUCCCACAACGACAAAGAAUUGAUAAUUUAGGUAGAUUUCGUGCCUCUGCUGCCAGAAUCCUAGUUGCGACUGAUGUCGCAGCUCGUGGUCUCGAUAUCCCAGAGGUCGGUCUAGUAAUCAAUUACGAUGUUCCUAGGGACGCAGAUGACUAUAUUCACCGAGUUGGUCGUACAGCUAGAGCUGGCAGGAAAGGAGAAGCUGUUACAUUCGUAGGUCAAAGAGAUGUACAAUUGAUUCUAGCCAUCGAGAAGAGAGUUGGAAGACAAAUGGAAGCAUGGACAGAAGAAGGUGUUAAUCUGGAAACGAGAGUGAUUAGGGAAUCAUUGAAAUUGGUAGGAGAAAAGAAACGUGAAGCUAUGCUAGAAAUUGAGGAAGGAAGAGAAGUUGGUGGAAAACGAAAGAGAGGCAUGAAAAAGUUGAGUUGAGUUGAGUAAAAAGCAACAGUGAUACCCAGAUAUGAAGCUUUUCUAUAUACCUAGUAUAGACUUGGGUACAAUCAAUCUUCACAUCAUUUUCUAUAGGUCAAUGAACUUGUGAUGCGUCAAUCCUAGAUUUCAGCUGAGAC